CCGCCUUCUUACCAACCAUCGCUGUCUUUCUCCCAGUGCUCAGCCGCUGACCAAGGUGAACACCCGAGUCCCGCUCCUAGGGCAUUUUUGAGGAAAGUCAGACGACGUACAACACCUUCGAGGGACAGUCCAACCAUCCGAACAGCGACGACAGUCAUUUGUCUCUAAAACCACAGCAAAAUGGAUCCGAUGACUCAGUCCGCCCAGAUAACAUCGUCGCAGGGGCUUGCCGAUGGGCAAAAUUCCGCUGCCAAAGAGUCUAAGCUGUCCGAUUCCUUUCUUUCCUCUUCGCCUGUAUCUCUCAUUCAGUCUCCUCAAGACAAAAGAGUUGUUCUGGGCUCUGAAAAGCCCUGUGAAGGUGUAGCGACAUCCCUUCGCUUUCCUUCUCAACCUGGCUCAUUUGCACCUGGUAACUUUGCGAGUGAAGCAGGGCCACCAGAUGGACAGCCGGAUUCACCAAUAAAGACAUCUCCAGUUUCUGAGCGAAUAAAGGCACUGGAAGCUCUUGCUGCCAAAAAGAAGGAACCCGACUUUAGAAAUGAGGGCGGUUUCUCUCACUUCAGAGAUCGCCACUAUGAAAAGUCUCCCACUGACAUACAGAAAUCUCCCAAUGAGGCCCAAAAAUCUCCCAAUGAUACCCCAAAAUCUCCCACUGAGAUAAUUGUUCCAACUUACCAGAAAAAAGGAGGGUCUGUUGAUAAGGAGUCACCUGAAUCCCCUUUUGAAGUACUUGGAGAUUUAAGACAAGUGACUGAAUAUGAAGAAACAGAAGUGUGGAUGAAGGCUCAUUUACCACCUGUGCCAGACCUUGCAAUCAAAGAUACCCUGGUUUCCAAUACUGUUGCAUCAAAAGAGAAAGAGGAGACUGAAAUAGUUUUAACCGAUGCUCCUGCUACCUUCGCUGGUGUCCCUGAUGCUUUCAUGGAUUCUCCUAUUGUAACUUCAGAACUGAAGGAUGAGCUAAGUGAUGCACAUAAGCAAGAGGAGGAGCCAGAGUUUGACCUUAGUUUUUUGCCAACAGCCUACAUGUGGGAUCAGCAGGAAAAAUCUGCUGUCCAGGUUCAAGCAAAUCUUGAUUCAGAGCCUCCCGCAUCACCUGCUCCUCCUGCAGGCUUUAAAUCCCCAUCUUCUCCUGUCUCCCCACCCAUUGACAUGAAUGCUAAACAGAAUGUUUUGCAUGAAAAGAAAACAACUUGGAACAGAGAUCUGGAGCCACCAGAAGCAAGUGAAGCAGACAGCUCAGGAGACUCGGAUGAUACCGUCAUUGAAGAUGGUGUCAUCGUCCCUGCAUCUGUUCCCAUUGCAUCUUCUGAUCCAGCAUUUUCAAAUGAUCCCACCACUGCCCCUGCCUCUACAGCCUUUUCUCUCCCCACUGAGGAAAAGGGGACCCCUCCACCAAAGUUGGAGAGGAAGUUAAUGCAGGUUCCAACAAUCAAUGUUAUUGAGACAGAUGAGCCAAAUUACAGUGAAGAGGAGAUGGAAAUGGAGCUUGAAGUAGAUGAAGAUGAGGAUUAUGAAGUUGUGAAAGAUUCAACUAGAGAGGCUCCCAAAACCCCAGAACCAGAGUACAGUGAAAAUGAACGACCCAAGACACGCCCUUUAGAAACUGAAUUCAUCGAAGGCUACUCUCCUCCAUCCUCACCUGUGGACUCUGAUGUUGAAUACAGCCCUAAACACAAGAUUCUUAAAUCUCUUCCAGAAGCGUACCAUCAGGAGCCUAAAUCUGUGCCAGAGGCCCCACCCGAUCCAACUGUUUCAAAGGACUCCGAAUCAGACUUUUCCCAAGCACAUUUCCCAAAGUCACAGAAUACUUUUAAUAAAGUAAAUGAUGAACCCUUAGCUUUCAUAGGCCCAAAAGAAGAAGUGGACUUCCCAGACAAUGAUGACGAAUGGUCAGAUGAAGCACACGAUAUGCUGGUUAAAUCUUGCAGCACAAAUCUUGCGUCCAAGGAAUCCGUUCCUUCCAUCCAAUCCGAAUUCGAUUUGAGUAGCAACACAGCUGUAAAAGAGACUUGCAUGGAAGUAGCUUCCCAUUCUAAAACCAGCCUAAUUCAAGAUGAGAUAUAUGACCGAGAGUCUUUUGAUUACGAUUAUGAUCGUUCCUCACCUGUGGAUGAGCAGUUUCUUACUGAUCCUUCUAAAAUCCACAUUCAAACACUGAAUUCAAGCCCUGCACAAAGUGAUGUUCUGGAGAACAAACAGGACUCUCAAACUCUGGAUGACUUCACUUCACUGAAUUAUUGUGGGACAAUAAGCAGCACCAAUGAGCCAGAUUUCAAUAAGAUAACGACCACGGAUGAUGUUUCAGAUAAUAUUGCAAAUGGAAACUCUUUCCAGCAUGAUAUGAAACCAGGUGUCCUCGAACCUGAGGAAACACAGAUCCCAGAGACCAUUGACCCUGACAGCACAGUUUUGGAGCGCACAGAUAGCUUUGUUGAGUUCAUGAGAGAGUGCCUGAAAUCUAGGCAGGAUGAAGAACCUGACAACCAGCCAAAAAGUGUUCUCUCAGAGUCUAAGUUCUGUGAAACUGGUUGGUCUAUCUCCCAGUCCCCACCAACCAUGGUGAUGGAUCUUGAACAAGAAGAACUUACCAUCAGUGCUCUCAAAGAGCUGGGCAGCAGUCAAGAGGAGGAUGAGUUGGCAUCUCUUCAGUCUAAGGUUCCUGACAAGGACAAAGCUAAUUCCAAUGCUACUGUUAUAGAACAGUCUUCCGAUACAUCAGUUCCUACCCCUCCUUGUUCCAAAAGUGAACAUGCAAUCGACAGCACAUACUCCAAAGAGGUGGAAGCCAUUGAUGAAUGGGUAGCUGAAGCCUAUCAUCUUGCUGAGCAUGUCUUGACAGCGAUACUAACCCACUUAUCAGUGAAGGAUCUGAUCCACUGGCGAGACCCCAAGAAGUCGGGCGUGGUGUUCGGUCUGUCCAUGCUGAUGCUGCUGUCCCUGGCAGCCUUCAGUGUCAUCAGCGUGGCUUCCUACCUGCUCCUGGCCCUGCUCUGUGUCACCAUCACCUUCCGCAUCUACAAGUCUGUGGUCCAGGCCGUGCAGAAGUCUAGCGAUGGACACCCCUUCAAAACGCUGAUGGAUAAGGAUGUCAGCAUCCCCCCAGAGACCUUCCGCAAGCACGUGGACGCCAGUCUGACCUACAUCAACCGAGCCCUAAAGCAGAUGAGCCGCCUCUUUCUGGUCGAGGACCUUGUGGACUCCCUAAAGCUGGCUGUGGUCAUGUGGCUGCUGACCUACGUAGGAGCUGUUUUCAAUGGAAUCACCAUUCUGAUUCUGGCUGACAUCCUGCUCUUCGCUGUGCCUCCAGUCUACGAGAAGAACAAGACCCAGAUUGAUCAGUACAUUGACGUGGCACGUACUCAAGUCAACACCACAAUGGCCAAGUUGCAAGAGAAACUCCCUGGAGCUAUGAAGCGCAGCAAAACUGAAUGAUCACCUCCGGCCCAUUAGAAACCUCCACAUCACCAUCACCACCAUCCUCAUCUCCAUCACCACCUUAAUCCCCCUUAACUUCCCCCAGCCCCCUCUCCACUUAACCCAGUCUAUCUGCCCCUCCCAACUCCAUCUACCAUCACCACCCUACAACACUGAACCUUGCUAGGUAGAAAAUCUCUGAGCUACUCAAUAUUCAAUGUAAAACUACUGCGCAUCUUAACUUGCAAGCAUUAGAAAAGAACUGUGCCUGUGCAGACAGGAAGAGCACCGCUAGCGAGGAAGUGAUGUAACGCCACAGCGAUUCCUGCCUGUCUGUGGGCGUGCCACAGGAGAAUGGAGGCAGGGGGGUCGUGAACUAGACUGAAUCUAUGACCUGGUUCCAUCAUGUACAGCGAGCAGGGGGUGCUUGGUGGCUGUUCAUCAGUAAAAAAGCAAACGUCUGUACUUAAAACCGCACAUUUCCCCAAACAUCAACAGAAAAUUUAAGCCGCAAACAUUAAAGAAAAAAAAAAGAGAAAAUAAAUAAAAGCAAUCUUUUGGACUCUGUUGGAUGGAUAGAUAUGAGUUCAUAUUUGGAAGCUGGUUAAUUGGUCUGCUGUUAUUAAUUAGCCUGUUUAUUGGGUUUGUUUCUAUUCACCUUACAGGCACCUCUGUUUGUCUUUUUCUGCAAUGCACUGAACUUUUCUUUUUGAAACCAUCAUCAGCAGGGUGAAAGAAACGGUUCGGAAGACGGAGCCAGCUGUGAUAAUUUGGUCUAGUUCACCGUCUUGAUCAGAUGCUUCUCUGGAACAGUUCUGUUUGUAUAUAUUCACCUGAAGACAACUGCAGGCUCUCUGCUGUGUGGAACACGUAAACCUCGCUUUUUAUAUCAAAGGACAGUUCCCGCACAGCAGUCCUAACUCCUUUUAUGUCGCACCCGUUCAAGCCACAAAGUGUUGAUCUCACAUGCACUUGUACAUUUUGAUUCUUCCUAUCACUACUUAAUACUAUUAUUGAUAGGAAUUAGAAUGGCUGCUUUGACUCCCUACUAGCUUGACAGCAGCAUUGUAAGAGUUAUGUUAGUGUCAUUGCGCUUCAUCAUUUACACUCAAGCUCUUUCAGAAUAAUCUCCCGAUGGGCUUUUAGGUUAUGAAAUACUCUUUCAAAGUGUUACCACACCCCUAAAUCUCAAAAUGGUUUCACAGCGGAACUCAUGAAUUUCACAAGUAAGGAGUCUAGAGUGUGUUAAAUCUUAACAGAGUUUCAUAGAGCUACAAUUUUUUUUCGGGGAUCUUCAAGACCAUGAGAAAGGUUUGACAGCUCUUGGGAAAGAUUUUUGUCAAAUUACUUGGUUGAAUCUGCAUUUAGCUAGUUCCAUGGUUCACUCAAUGAUUUAAAAACAUGAUCUGUCUUUGAAAUUAAGAUUUAUUAUUUACAAGUUUAUAUUGAAUCACAAAUUCGCUUUUAUGUUGCAAGUGUCUGGCCAAUUGCUACCCUGUUGUUUAAUUGGAACUUUAUUUACGCAUAUAUUCAAACAAAUUCAUUAAGGAGCCAGGAGACAAAUUGUUAGUUGGAAUAUGAUACAAAGACUCUGACUCAAGUGAUAAAUAACUAAAUUCAAAAGCAAAUAGCAAUAGUAAUUGGUAGUUUUACUUUACUAAUUACACAAUAUGAAAAAUAAAAAUCUAAAUAUCAGAAUGAUUUAUUUAAUGUUAUUGAAAUAACACAUUUCAGACUCCGUACUAUCCUCAGCGUCGACUUGAAAGACAUUUUUAGAGCUGGGGUUGGUGUAACAAACCCGGGCAGUGAUAUUUUGAGUGCAGCUGGUUAUUAUAGAGCUCUGCUUGUCACUUUCUUUUUCUCUGACUGCCAUGAAGCGCAUGUCAUAGUAUAAGCUGGAAAGAUCCUCACCCUUUAUAUAUAGGCUGUAUCAUAUUUUUGACCCUGACUUUUGUUGAAUAUGAUUAUUACUUGUGAUUGUUUCAGUGGUGUUUUUGAACUACAAAUAAAAAACCAUAGUCAUAUGUCGGCGCUACUGCUACAUCUCCGUAUUGUUUUAAGGGAGGAGUAUGUAGAAGGAAAUUAAAGUACAGGUGUGUCUGUGUUGCUUUCCAUUUCCCAGUACCACAGAGUAAAAGCCCCUGAAUGCUGACAGGCCGACAGUGGAGGACCGUGCUGUCACUGCUUCUCAGUGCUGACACGACACGUUUCCCCGCUGAAUGUUUUCUCUGGUGGAACAUUCCUCUCCAUGCAUGCCGCACCUCUGUGUGUCACCUCGCCAACGUCGUGGUUAACUCCCCGUGCAUGGUGUCUCAUUCGGACUCCGGGUGUUCAACCCAAAAUAUGCAACAUUUCUGUUGGAGAUUUGACCCCCUCCCUCGUUCCUGCCCCCCUCAGGCUGGCAGCUCACCUGAGUCUGAGCUGAGCAGCGUCAGUACAGCCCCUACAGACAGAGAAUGUGUGACGUGGGGGGGCUCAGGCCCUGAUGCAGAGAAUGAUGGUGUUUUUAUGCAUCCUGCUUAUUUAUUUGAAUGUGAAGAAGUUGCAUAUUGUAGCUUUAAAAAGUUACAUUCUCAUUUUCAUCUAAAGGUUUGACGUAAACCACUGGAAUAUAUAUGAAAAGUUUGGUUCAAUUUAUUUAAAGGGUCGGUUCAAUCAAAUUUUUUUUUUAGGGACUAUUACUUCUUCCAAUUUAAAUUCCAAUACCCUCCGUUAUGGUGGAGGUAGAAAUCUCUGAGACACUGACUUUAAUCUGGAAAACUUAGGCAAAUGGGACAAAAGCAGCUAAUGUAAAUGUAGUUCUCUGAAGUCUGUUAUAAUAAACUAGAAGCAAAUCCGUUUGCCAGGCUUGAUACUACUGGAGGUUUUUUGGUUGAACUGACCCUUUAACGUUCCAGCAGCUACCAUUAUGCACUGCACCUCUAGGUGAAACUAAAGACCAUGUUACCUGCUGUUACUGUGCUACCAGGGUAAACCCAUCACUGCAACUCAGAGCUAUAGUUGGUUUAUUUCUUUAGAGUCUAAUAUAUAAUAUGAGUAACACCUUGACACAUUGAACCUGUUCCCUCACAGCAUGUUGCUUUGCUCCUUUUCCUGUUUGUCCAAGUGUGUCUUCAUCGGGUUCGGGGGGUGUGUGGCAGGAGUGUGUUUGACUUAUCUCGUCUCUGAGGAGUCUCAUUUUGCUUCUGACUCUUAACUGGUAUCUAGAUGUUGUUCACUAACAUCAGCUUUGUUUUGUAUUAGAUAUGACUUUGGUUUUUGAAGCUUUGGGAAAGAUGUUGCAGGAAUAAAAAAAGGAAAAUUGGAAAAAAAACGUAUGUGGUCUCUGUACUGAUGUCAAAGUGAAAUUAAUAAAAACAUGUCAAAGGA